CAGAGAUGCGCGAGCGUGAGUUUCGAGAGGCCGAGAUGCAGCAGCGGGACCACGGGCUGCGACAACAGAUGGAGAUGAGGGAGAGGGAGAGAGAGAUGCAGCAGCAGGACCACGAGCUGCGACAACGGAUGGAGAUGAGGGAGAUGAGGGAGAGGGAGAGAGAGAUGCACGCGGCGGCCGAGCUGCGCGACAUGCGCAUGCGUGGCGGGCCACAGGAGUAUGGCCGAGGACCACCUCCACCGCCACAACCCGAGUACCACGGCGGACCGGCAGAUUUCCGCGCGGAGCUUAGGAGCGCGCCGCCUCCACAACAACAGCAACAGCCGCCGCCGCCGCCGCAGCAGCAGCAGCAGGUAGAUCCCAGAAGGCCUCAACUCCGGCCCCCUCACGACGGAUAUGCGCACAGCCCUUUGGAUAGAAGAUAUUAGCUGGAGAGGGUACAAAUAUGGAUACCUAGUCAUAAGUUCGAGGAUGUUCAGUUGUUUCAAAAAUAACCAGUGUCAAGAACAGAUAUUAAUGGGAAAGACUACAAGGCAUAUAUAAGCCCACCAAAGUCACUUAUUCAGCCUUGAGGCAUCUCGAGGUCAGAGAGAAAGGGAGAGAGACAAAGAGAGAAAGCAUUUCUUGAAAGAAGAAGAAGAGGGUGCAAUUUUUGCUCCUCAGGAUACUUGGCAAGAAUAAAUUGUUCAAUUACUUGUAC